CAAAAAUUUUGACGUGUGCGCGAUGGUCGAGUCUUCGCAUCACCAUCGACCGACGCUCAAGCAGCAAAACAAACCCUUCAAAUCGAAGCACGCAUCGAAAUCGUCGUUGAGAGAUGCGGCCAAGGGUACGUGCACCUCGUGCUCCCGUACCUCAGAUCCGUGGCCUCGGAACCCUGUUUCACACUCUGUUUCUGCUAUCGCACAGGUCGGAUCGCGCGAGACUCCCCGAAAUCCAACGGGACCGCCAAAGCCGCGGCCGCGCAGACACGCUUGAAUCGUCGGAACAAUGCCAAGCAGGCGCAAGCCGCGAAACGGACCGCUCUGGUGACCUCAACGCGCGUGUUCAGUGGGGCGGACGGGGCGCCGAGGAUCGUGGCUGUUAUUCCGCUGAGUGCGGAUGUGGACGCGCGCGCGGUGGUCGCUGGGCUCGCUGAAUCGCUGGACGUCUCUGCGGAGGAUUGCCCCGAGCACGGUUUGUGGAAGAUGCGGGCAGAGCGAUUCAAAACAUCGAUUCAGUUCCUCAGCGUGCCGUACAAACAAAUCUACGCGGCGAUGGACGCGUGCAAAACCGCCGACUACGUUCUGUUCAUCCUCUCGUCGACAGUCGAGGUCGAUCCGUGGGGUGACACGCUACUCCGCACACUACAAGCGCAAGGUCUCCCGCAAGUGGUCACUGUCUGUGCCCCGAACGACACCCUCGACGCUAAAUCUCGCACGGGCGUCCUCAAAUCCCUGCUCUCGUUCAUCCAAUACUUUGUGCCUACACAAUCUCGCGUAUUCGACCUGCACGCGCCCUCCGAUCGGCUCAACGCUCUGCGUGCCAUGGCAGAGGGUAAGCCCGCCGAUGUGCGAUGGCGGGAAGGCCGCUCGUGGCUGCUCGGCGAACAAGCCGAGUGGGAGGACGACGGGGCCGUUCUCAAAGUGACCGGUGUGGCCCGCGGCGCCCCGCUCUCCGUGAACCGUCUCGUGCACAUCCCCAACCACGGGGAUUUCCAGAUCUCCAAAAUCGUGACUGCGCCGGUGACGCGGCCGAGCAAGAUGGAGGUCGAGCCUGCGCUGCUGUGCGAGGCCGGCGAGGAUGCGGAUUCGUUGGUGUCAAGCAACGACCCGGAUGACAUGGCCAAUGAGCAGACUUGGCCGACGGAAGAAGAGAUGCAGGGAACCGCGGGGGGCUCAGCCGAAGCGCCGAUCCCUGACGCGGUGUCGGGGACGACGCCCAAGGCUGUGCGCCGCAUCCCCAAGGGGAUGAGCGAGUACCAGGCUGCGUGGAUCGUUGACGAGAGUGACGGAGAGGACGAUGAGAAUGACGAGGCUGACGAGCCGGGCGGUGAUGACGUCGAGGACGAGGAGAUGAUCGAGAUCCCCAUCGAAGAGGAGCCGCUGCAGGAGAUGGAGCAGGGUAGUGUGGCGUUUGAAGACCUCGACAACGAAGAGGAAGACCGACAGUUGGAGUCUUGGCGUAAUCGCAAGCGGGAGGAAGAAGAUGACCUCAACUUCCCCGAUGAGAUGGACACGCCCAAAGAUAUCGCCGCAAAGACACGGUUCCAGCGAUUCCGGGGGAUGAGGUCAUUCCGCACGAGUCCAUGGGAUGCGUACGAGAACCUGCCGCGAGACUACGCGCGCAUCUUCCAGUUCGAAGACUACAAACGCACCGAACGCAAUGUUCGCCGACGGGCCGAGGAGGAGCUGGGUGUCGUUGAACCUGGCACUCGAGUGAGUGUUUACAUUCGUGGGGUUCCCCGAGAAGCUACCGAAAGCUCCGGGCCAGUGGUUCUCUUCGCUCUUCUGCAGCAUGAACACAAGCUUUCCGUGCUCAAUUUCACACUCCAACGGAAUACAGAGUACGAGGAGUCUGUCCGUGCGAAGGAUCCCUUGAUUCUUUGCGUGGGGCCUCGUCGACUUCGGGUGAACCCGAUAUACAGCCAGCAUACGCGAGGAGGGGGCAAAGGGUCGAACAACGUACACAAAUUUGAGCGCUAUUUGCGACACGGUGUGACGAAUGUCGCAACGAUCUAUGGGCCGGUGGUGUUUGGGACUCAGCCCAGUGUGUGGCUGCGCGAGACGGACGACCCGCUGGCUCCACAGCUGGUGGCUAUGGGCUCCUUCCUCAACACUGACACGACAAGGAUAAUCGCCAAGCGCGUGAUCCUGACCGGCCACCCCUUCAAGGUGCACAAAAAGACGGCUACGGUCCGGUACAUGUUCUUCAACUCAGACGACGUCGCGUACUUCAAGCCGAUCCAGCUGCACACGAAACACGGCCGCGUGGGCCACAUCCGCGAGUCGCUCGGCACGCAUGGGUAUCUCAAAGCCCACUUUGACGGGCCCAUCAACCAGAUGGACACUGUCUGCAUGUCGCUUUACAAGCGAGUGUUUCCAAAAUGGGCUGCGUUGCACCAGGGGCCCCCAGCCGCAGGAAGGGCAGGGGCAGCAGCAGCAGCGCAUGACGAGGAUGUUGCCAUGGAUUAGAUAGAACACAGCCCUAAAAUUAGGUAGCUAGGCGCAGUCCCAAAGUGACGAGCAGCUGGGAUCUGUACUAUCCACAACCACGCACGUUCGGCGAUGCAUCAAACCAUCCUACCUGAUAAUGUAAUCUGCACCUCCGAACCACCGCCGAAAGCGGAAACCUUGUUUUUAUCUCUAAAAAUCUAUCCGGGCUUCGAAACGCGUCAAAGGCCCUGUCCAUGACUCCAAUGACAUGUACAUAAAGUACAUACAUCAGGCGCGGAAGCAUCGAGCGUGGCACCGAAACUAACUCCUCCGGGGCAGCUCGACUGUACCCCACAUCUUGCGUCCCUCGAUGCUCCACACUGUGUUCUGAUGGAUUCCGCUGGGAUUCUAACGCCUUUUUUGGCCUCGUGCGUGUGUGCGUGAUGGUGCGCACGGAUAAAUGGAGCGCGCGUCCGCGCCGCAGUGAGCCCACACCUCAACUGUCGGCGCUAUUAUCCCGCGAUUUAAUCAUCAAGAAGUCCAUUGCAAGGAUAUCGAGAAUUAGGUAUCAUGAAGGGACGUAAGAAAAUAUGCUACAAGGAUUGGUCGUACAGUGCACAGGUGAGUCUACCGAAAGCUGUGGAGGCUGUCGUCAGGGCUCGGUCGAUCGGGAGCGGGCAAUCGGCACACACAAGAGAUGAUGAGGUUGAAAUACUGCCAGGAAGAAACGGGGGAGAGACCGGAGAUACGCUCAGACGCGCUGCGUGAGGGCUUGUUUCUGCUGCGGCAACGCUCCUGUGGGAGACAGAUCAGCCCCGCCAUCCUCGAUCGAGGAGACACACAAGCUCCACGAACCGUUCCGCGAAAUCAUCCCAUCCCGAGAAGCGUGGAGCGCCGGCAGCUUGGCCGCGGCGGCCUUGUGGUUGUCCAGAGUCUUGCGUGCGACAGCAAAUUGACGACGAGUGUACUCGGCCAGGUCACGCGAGUAGCGUUCUCUCUCUUCGGCGGUGAAAGGCAUUUUGGUUGGGUAUGAACGGUGAGUGGGAUGGGAGCAAGUGUUUGCGGUGUGCAGGUCGUGUGAAGCGUUGGCGAAGAGCAAUAGAGUAAAGAAGUGCAGAAAUACUUCGGUGGAUUUAUAUGGGGCAUGUUGACGCAUGUUAUUUCCAAUAGUCGUCGCGACGUCAUGGAGUUCGGCUCCAUCGGUUUCCCGAUUAGGCCGUGUUUCCGGGGAUCUGACUAUCGUCGACCACACAGAUUCGCACUCCACGAGGCGAUCGGGCCAAGGAAUCCUGUCCAGACUUCCUCUAAGAGCCCUUCGAGGCCGCCUCGCUCGUCCCAUGAGGGCUCGCGUUCCGGCUUCUCCAGUGCGAUCCAACGCAAGACGUCCUUGACGGUGACGAGUCCCGUGAGGACUCCAUGGUCCUCCACCAGAAUGACGCGAGGUCUGUGCUUGCGUCAGCCAGGAGGAGCCACAUGUCGGAAAGCUGACACACCCCAUUCGCUUGAACAACUGCAUCACUAUCUCCAACGGUAGUUGCGGCGAAACAGUCAAUGGCGUCUG